GAGCGCUGUAGCAAAACCCGCUAAGCGUUGAGGAAAAUCCAGCGCUUAAUCGCUACGCUCGCUGGUCUCUGUUUUGAAUGUGUCUGUUGAAGAAGGGGAGGAAGAGGCCGUCUUCUUUUGCUCAUUUUUAUAGGUUCUUUUCACCAUGAGUAGAAGAAGGGGAAGGAGCAGUAGCUCAGAUGAAGGACUUGACAGCUUUCACAUAUCGGCAUUUGAGAGAGGAGACACAGGGCUGUUGGAUGAUGAAGAUGGUCACGAUGUGUUUCUGGGAUCUCGUUUAGAGGAGGAAUUAAACUGCAGUAUUGAAAAGAUGAGGGAAGAAGAGGCUGUCCCCAUUGCUAGAUUAAUUCGUCUAGAAGGAUCAUUAGGUAGCAGCAGUCAAGGAAGCAGUAACAACAGUCCACAUCCAAUGGUGAUGGAAUCAGGCAGCUGCACAUCUCAGUGGCACGCUGGAAUUGCUAGAGGACGUGGAAAUGCCUUCACUGAGUUUGUGUGAAAGUGCAGAGUUAGUGUCUCUAGUGUCUAUAUCACCAAAUAGCCCCUUAAAAUUGGGUUUUAGCUUUAAGGAUGAUGGCCCUGCAAAUGGCUCUUUUAUGGCCAACGAGCAUAGGGGGAAUGUGUAUUCUGUAUCGUCUUCAAAUUACAGAAAUCUGCCGCCUGCAGAAGAAUUUGAUAUAGCAGACAAAAUUGCCAUGUUGAGUGCUAUGCCUUCAACAUCUCCAUCAGUCAAUACACUCAUAACAUUCGAUGAGAAAGAGACCUCGCAAAAUGUCACACGAAGAAUGACCCUAGACCAAACCAAGUCAUUCUCAGGGGCAUUCCUAGCUGAGGCUUGUGGCAUUGUCGAAGAGCUGGAUGGGUUAGCGGCCAACAUGACCUCUUCGCCCCUUGGCUCUCCUGAACGUCGGGUAUCCCCAGACAGGAGAAUGACUCUAGGACCCGAUAUGGAUCUCUUAGGUGGGUUUUUUUUUUUUUUGUUUUUUUAA